AUGAGUGAAUAUUUGCCCAAUUCAUAUCUCCUAGGUGUUCAUCUAACUAUUUCAACACAUUCAGGUCCUUUGAUGGUUUAUUCAUAUCCACCUGCAAAGAUAGAUGCAAUAGAAAAAUUAACAUCUAUAUAUUCAAUGACUACGAACAAUAAAAAUCAUUUAAACAAAUUAGCUCAAAUAAACAUGGUCCAUAAUGAGACUGGAUAUAGUAGAACGGUAAAUGUAUCAUCAAAGAAAGAUCAGAAUAAUAAAAGAUAUAUAACUAAUCAAAUUACGCCUACCUCAGAUUUCAGAUUUGAUUUUGAUUCAUCUAUUAGAAGUAAGACUUCACUAAGGACAAUGUCUUCUCAAUCAAGCUUAUCACCCGUUUCUUCGUCUAGUUCCCCUGAGACUAAAUCAUGGCUAUCUUCUGAGGGUUUGAGUGAAAGUGAGUUGUCUACAGAUUAUUUAGAUGAAUCAUUUUCAUCUGAUGGAGAUUCUUCUGAAAGCUCCUCAUUUUCUUCCUCUUUAAUAACAAAUCAUAUGCAAUCAUUAAAUAUUGAUAAUGAGAUAAUGGAAAAGAAAAAGAUUUUGCCAGAAGAGGAAGGGGAAAGACCUGGAGCUGCCUCACAUGGUGUUAUUACAGGUGAUCGAUUAUUGAAAUUGUUUGAUUCAGUUUCCAAGAUUAGUGAUGAUGAUGAUAAAAGUGGUUUUAAUCAAACAUAUUUUGACAAUGAUGAUGACAAUGUGAAUUAUGAUGAUCGUGAUCGUAAUCGCUUUUUGAAUAAGAAUAUGAUUAAUGAUUUUUUUUUCAAUGAGGAAAAUUUUCAGGAUAUUGAUAAAAUUUUUGGAUUUAAUUCUGAAUUUGUUGCUGAAUUUUGUUGUCCAGACAGAGAACUUUGUAAUACUAAAUUCGAAUUUACAAUUGAUCAAAUAGCCUUUCUUGGUUUGCCAAUUCAUAAUGAUAUAAAUGGAGAAUGGCGAAAGUCUAAGCAUAAAAAACACAAUUCCUCGAAGAAAAGUGUUUCUAGAUCUUCUUCGACUAUCCGUAGUCAUAAAGAAUCAUCUCAAGUGUCUUCUUCAAAAAAUUUAAUUAAGAAACAGAAUAUUAAUAAAGAUAUUACAAGUAAAGUAGAUAGAUCAGAAGCAUUCAAUGGAAUCAAUAAUUUAUCAGAUUCAGAUGAACAGGAAGAAGGGAAUCAGGAUGAAAGAGAUGUGACUGAUGAUGAAGGUGAUGGUGAUGAUAUAGAAUUUCAUGAUUUAGAUAAGAGUAUGAAUAUGUUUCAUGUAUGUUUUGUUCUAAAUCCACCACUAAUCGAAUAUAAUGAACGAAUUGAUGAUAUAUACCAACACGUUGUGGUUAAGUUAGCGCUUUUGCUCAGAUAUUUACAAUCUAAAUCAAACUAUGUUUCUGAAGAAUGUGAAAUAAUUAUGAGAGAAAGAGAAAAUGUUAUAAAAAACUCCAAAAAGUAUCAAUCUUUAAAAAGUUCUUCAGAGAGAGGUAAAUUUUUGUAUGAGAGAAUAUUAUCAAAAUCAACAUUAGCUCAAGCAUUGACGCAAUGUGUAGAUCAGAUUCAUAAAAAUGAAAUUGCAUGCAUAAAUAUUGGAGGUAGAAUAAUUUCAUUGCAGAUACCCAUUCAAAAUGAGUUUCAACAUUUGCCAGAUUAUAAGGUUAAUCCAAUAUUGACUCAUUCUUUUCUAAGUACUAUGACAAACAAUAUAUUUCUUAGGAGAUCAGGAAAUCCGUUUGAAGUACAACAAACAGAGUUUUUAAAUUCAAAUAAUACAGAUGAUUUAUUUAAUAUAGAUGAAGAUGUAUUAAAUUAUUCGUUAUUAUUACUUGAUGAACCGCAAAAUAUAAUAAAGAAUUUGGAGAAUACAUCACAAUCAGCAAAGAUGGAUGAUAUUAAUAAUAUACUAUUGAUACAAAUGGUGAAGAAUAUUCAACCAACAACACCACUAAAUAAAUAUCAUAGUAUCAUUUCAGAAUUUUUGCAGAUAGAAAUAGGACCACUGACUUCAAAAGUUCUUCGAUCCUGUGCUUUGCAUUUGAUUUAUUGGAGACACGCCAGAGUGAUUAUUCCAUUAAGUUCAAAGAAUACAUAUAUUGUAUCGCCAUUAGUAUCAUUAUCAGCUUCAUACCCACAAGAUGAAGUUAUAUUUAAAGAGAAAUUCAAUGCAUUGCCAUCAUUGAGUUAUUUUUUAAAUAAAUUGUCUAGUAUUGAGAAUUCAGAUUCAAGUGUUAAUAAGAAACUGGGUAAUGGUAAUAACAUUGAUAAUAGUAAUAAUAGUAAUAGUAAUAAUAAUAAUAAUAGCUUAUUAAUGUUGAAUAAGCGUGGAGUGAAGCCAUUUGGAUCAUUAAUUCCAAGUAAAGAACAUAAGGGAGUGUACCUUAGUGUAUUGAGUUGGUUAUUACGACAUGGUUAUGUAUGUCAAUUAUUAACAUUUGUGUUUAUUAGAGUUGAUAAGAGGAUUAAGAUAGCAGUAGAGGAAGAGUUAGAAAGAGAAGGGUACAAGAACAAGAAGGGACAGAUUUUGAAUAAGAAAAGAAUGGCUACAGUGAAGGCAAGAAACUCAGUGAUUCAAUCAUCUCAACAUUUUGAGAAUUUGGAUAAAAAUGGAGAUAAUGCACUUCUUGAUAUAAAAGGGAUUGGUGGUAUUGAACUGGAUGGUAUAGAGGAUCAUUUUGAGUUUGAUGACCCGGAUUUACAACAGGAUUAUACUAUAAUUUUGGAACCAGAAAGAGUGACGGCAUUAGAGAAAAGAUGGCUAUAUAGAUGCAUAUCAGAACAGCCACCUGAUAUUCAGGUACUGUUUAAAAGAUUAUUAAAAUAUUUCAACGGGCGAACUCCAAUGGAAACAGUGAUGUUACGAGAAGGUGUUACUCGUCAUGAAUUAAGAAAACUAUUUAACGCAUUAAAUAGAUAUGUAGUCGAGAUUCAUCAUUGGUAA